GGUGGGGAUCCACCCGGAGGCGGGAGGCGCAGCCGCGGCCGGGGCGCGUCUGCGCUACUGACCUGGACGAGGUAGACCAUGACUGUCCCUUCGGUGGCGUUGCUCGCUGGCCCGCUUUUCCUGAGGUUUCCCUAAGCCACCUCCUGGUGGAACCGCUCGCAGAUUUUGUGUACAAGUGCUUUGGAAAAGAUGGCUCAUAUUAACCUCAAGGAAAUAACCUUAAUAGUAGGUGUGGUUACUGCCUGCUAUUGGAACAGCCUCUUUUGUGGUUUUGUUUUUGAUGAUGUGUCAGCAAUACUGGAUAAUAAAGACCUGCAUCCAUCUACACCUUUAAAAACUUUAUUUCAGAAUGACUUCUGGGGAACCCCUAUGUCUGAGGAGAGAAGUCACAAGUCUUACCGUCCCUUAACAGUCUUGACAUUUCGCCUAAAUUAUCUGUUUAGUGAACUUAAACCGAUGUCAUAUCAUCUCCUAAAUAUGAUUUUACAUGCUGUGGUCACUAUAAUAUUUCUUAAAGUCUGCAAACUUUUUCUGGACAGCAGAAGUAGUGUGAUUGCUUCUUUACUCUUUGCAGUACACCCAAUACACACAGAAGCAGUAACGGGUGUUGUAGGAAGAGCAGAACUUUUGUCGUCUAUCUUUUUUCUAGCUGCAUUUUUGUCAUAUACCAAAUCUAAAGGACCGAAUAAUUCCAUAGUAUGGACUCCAAUUGCAUUGACAGUGUUUUUAGUGGCUGUUGCAACAUUGUGUAAAGAACAAGGAAUAACAGUUGUGGGAAUUUGCUGUGUGUAUGAAGUAUUUAUUGCUCAGGGGUAUACUUUACCAUUAUUAUGUACUACUGCUGGACAGUUUCUCCGUGGCAAGAGUAGUAUUCCAUUUUCUAUGCUGCAGACAUUAGUAAAACUCAUUGUUUUGAUGUUCAGUACAUUAUUACUGGUUGUGAUUAGAGUCCAGAUUAUUCAGUCUCAACUUCCAGUGUUCACCAGCCUGCCCUCGCCCUCCACCCCAGGCCUUCACCACCCAAGUCUUCAGUUUACAUUGAGGUUUGAUAACCCAGCUGCUGUAAGCCCAACUCCUACGAGGCAGCUAACUUUCAACUACCUCCUUCCUGUCAAUGCUUGGCUUCUAUUAAAUCCUUCAGAGCUCUGCUGUGACUGGACCAUGGGAACAAUACCACUUAUAGAGUCAUUUCUAGAUAUUCGAAAUGUUGCCACAUUCACUUUCUUUUGUUUUUUGGGAGCUUUGGGAGUAUUCAGUCUCAGAUAUCCCAGUAAUUCCUCCAAAACUGUUUUAAUGGCGCUUUGUUUAAUGGCAUUACCAUUUAUUCCUGCAUCGAACCUUUUUUUUCCAGUUGGAUUUGUUGUUGCUGAACGAGUAUUAUAUGUUCCUAGCAUGGGAUUCUGUAUUUUGGUAGCCCAUGGAUGGCACAAAAUAUCAAACAAAAGUGUAUUUAAAAAGUUAUCCUGGGUUUGUCUGUCUUUGGUGGUAUUCACUCAUGCCUUAAAAACAAUCCACAGAAAUUGGGAUUGGGAGUCUGAAUAUACGUUGUUUAUGUCAGCCUUGAAGGUAAAUAAAAAUAAUGCCAAAUUAUGGAAUAAUGUGGGUCAUGCUCUGGAAAAUGAAAAGAACUUUGAGAGAGCUUUGAAAUAUUUUCUACAGGCUACCCAUGUUCAGCCAGAUGAUAUUGGUGCCCACAUGAAUGUAGGAAGAACUUAUAAAAACUUAAAUAGAACCAAAGAAGCUGAAGAAUCUUAUAUGAUGGCCAAGUCACUGAUGCCUCAAAUUAUUCCUGGUAAAAAAUAUGCAGCCAGAAUUGCCCCUAACCACCUAAACGUUUAUAUUAAUCUGGCCAACCUGAUCCGAGCAGAUGAGUCCCGGCUAGAAGAAGCUGAUCAGCUGUAUCGACAAGCGAUAAGCAUGAGGCCCGACUUCAAACAGGCUUACAUUAGCAGAGGAGAAUUGCUUUUAAAAAUGAAUAAACCUUUCAAAGCAAAAGAAGCAUAUCUUAAAGCACUAGAGUUGGACAGAAAUAAUGCAGAUCUUUGGUACAACUUGGCGAUUGUUCAAAUUGAACUUAAAGAACCAAAUGAAGCUCUUAAAAACUUUAAUCGUGCUUUAGAACUAAAUCCAAAACAUAAGCUAGCAUUAUUCAAUUCUGGUAUAUUAAUGCAAGAAUCAGGUGAGGUUAAGCUCAGACCUGAAGCUAGAAAACGACUUUUAAGUUAUAUAAAUGAAGAGCCACAAGAUGCCAAUGGUUAUUUCAAUCUGGGAAUGCUUGCCAUGGAUGACAAAAAGGACUCUGAAGCAGAGAUGUGGAUGAAGAAAGCCAUAAAAUUACAACCUGACUUCAGAAGUGCUUUGUUUAAUCUGGCUCUGCUGUAUUCUCAGACUGCAAAGGAAUUACUGGCUUUGCCAGUUUUAGAAGAGUUACUCAAAUACUAUCCUGAUCAUAUCAAGGGUCUCAUUUUAAAGGGAGACAUUCUGAUGAAUCAAAAGAAAGAUAUACUUGGAGCAAAAAAAUGUUUCGAAAAGAUUUUGGAGAUGGAUCCAAGGAAUGUGCAAGGAAAGCACAAUCUUUGUGUUGUUUAUUUUGAAGAGAAAGACUUACUAAAAGCUGAAAGAUGCCUGCUUGAAACAUUGGCAUUAGCACCACAUGAAGAAUAUAUCCAGCGCCAUUUGAAUAUAGUCAGGGAUAAAAUUUCCGCAUCUAGUUUAAUAGAACAACCAAUAUUCCCAGUUAGUAAGACUUCAGGAAACAAAAUUCCAACUGAAAAUGCAAGAGAAAUAAGAAGUGAACCCCGACCCACACAGGUAAUCAAAACAAGUGAUAAUAAAAGUUCAUCUAAAACCAACAAGCAGUUAGGAAAAGAUACCGACAGUGAGACCCCUCACAAAACAACAAAAGAAAUAAAAGAAAUUGAGAAGAAAAGAGUUGCUGCUUUAAAAAGACUAGAAGAGAUUGAACGUAUUUUAAAUGGUGAAUAGCAUUACUCUUUAUUAUGUGACAAUGGUUUCAAAGAACUUCAGACUAUAUCAGUUGAUUGCUUAUGGCAACUUUGAAAAAUAGCAAGGAUUCAUAACAGUAUCAUGAGCUGCCUCUAUGUAGGAUCAAAAUAAGAUUUUUAUUAAACACCUACCUUACACCAGAUUAUGUAUUCUAAGAUACCACAUAGUUUUCUGAGUUUUGGUUAAUAUAGCUGAAAUAUUAAAUUACAGGUGGCUAAUUUGUACCUUAUAUUAUAGAAGGAAGAUUCUUCCAGCAGAAUAAUCGUGACUACUAUCAAUUAAAAAUAGUCUGAGGCCUAAAUGAUAAUCCUUUGGGAGCAAAUCCAACAUUUGCUAUUUCAUUCUGUGAAUUCCCAUUUAUUACUGAAUUUAUUUUUCCUUCACCUGUUGAAAUUUGUCUAUGAAUUGAAAACACUUAAUGAACACUUAUUUUUUCUUUAGUGACUUUCUGUUUAACCAAGGGACUUUGCCUAUAAGAGAAUACUGGCUUUGUGUGUAUUCUUUUGUUGAUUUUUAGAAGGAAUGCUAGAUGAAACAUUUUAAAAUAGGUCAUGACAUGUAAGAUUAAGAAUGUAUUUUUAUAAUUGUGUGCUGUCCUUCACUCUAAAAUGCAAAUUUCAGUCAGGUAAAGUUUUAAAUAUAUGUAUGUACAUACAAUACAUUUCUAAUGGUGCUCAUAUAUACUGUAUUUUUAUUUUCUUAACAUACUGAGAAUUUCACAGCAUGAACCACAUAAUCAUGAUUAUCUUUGACUUAUAUUCCCCAAACUAUUCAUAUUUCUUAGGAUCAUAGUCAUACUAAGAAGUCUCAAAAAUUAUAACUUUAUUUAAACUUUUGAUUUAAAACAUGGUUUCUCUUUCAUCUUAAGAUGUAUUAUCUCUCUAGUGUUAUUUAAAUUUUAAUUUUGUUUCUAAAAACUCAAUUAUUCUUAGAUUUCUUAAGCAACUAAAUUGAGUUCUGUUUAACUGAAGGCAAACAAUGUGAUGUUUAUUUUUAAACACUAAGUUCUUAAUAUUGUGUUAUGGUGUAUAUUUUUAUUAAAUAUUUAUUUUGACUACUGAGCUUUCAUAAAAUUUUUAAAGCUGUUUUAAUUCUAUUAAGUAUGGAAAACAAAUUGCUAUUGCAUUUUCCUAUGUGUGCGUGUAUUACACUUUAACCAAAAUUUCAUCAUUUUGUCCUGCUGUCCAGCUCUAAUUAUAAUUAGCCAAUAAUUGAAUUAAUAACUUGAUCAUUUGGUUUCAGCAUAUUUGAACCUGAAAACUGUUAAAAGAGUAAAUACAAAGCAAAUUUAUUAAUUUAAAUCAUAUAUUUUUCUUGACUUAAAUGCAUUUCAAAUGAAUUUCAUAAUACUUAAUAAAGUUGGUGUUGACUUAAAAUGUUAAUGCUAACAUCCUGGGAUAGUAGCAAAUUAUGAAGUAUUUGAAAAACUAUAUAUUGCUUUUGUCUUCCGUUUUUUGAGAUAACAUUUCUAAUUGCAUAUUGUUUCAAAAACCAUAUCCCUGUAACUUGUUAAAAGAAAUGUUUUAUAAAUAGGUCACAAGAAAUAUGGUUUGUAUUAAGGACACACUUGUACUAUGUUCCCUGAGGCUCUCUCCUGGAUUACUUUUUAGGCAAUGUAAAGCAAGCACUGACACUAAUGGUAGUUCAUUCUUGAUGCAGGAGAUUCUGUUAUUCAUUAAAUAACCUAAUUUCA